CUCCUCCACCUUCCUCCUCCCUGGCUCUCUUCUCCCUCCUCCGUCCCGGGUCCGGCCUCUCUUCUUCUUCUUCCCCCGCCCGCCCGGCGAACAAUCUGCAAAACAACAGCAGGGCCCAAGUGCCGAACCGAACCCCCGGAUCUGAUAAAACAGGGUCGAGGAUGACCGGCGGUGGCAAGGACGGCGGCAAGGGCCGGCUCUUCACGGUGGGCCUCGUCACGGCGUGGUACUCCUCCAACAUCGGGGUGCUGCUGCUGAACAAGUACCUGCUGAGCAACUACGGGUUCAAGUACCCCAUCUUCCUGACCAUGUGCCACAUGGGCGCCUGCUCCCUCUUCUCCUACGCCGCCAUCGCCUGGCUCCGCCUCGUCCCCAUGCAGCUCCCGCGCUCCCGCCUCCAGCUCGCCAAGAUCGCCGCGCUCAGCCUCGUCUUCUGCGCCUCCGUCGUCUCCGGCAACAUCUCCCUCCGCUACCUCCCCGUCUCCUUCAACCAGGCCGUCGGCGCCACCACCCCCUUCUUCACCGCCGUCUUCGCCUACCUCAUCACCGUCAAGCGCGAGUCCUUGCUCACCUACCUCGCGCUCGUGCCCGUCGUCACCGGAGUCAUCAUCGCCAGCGGCGGAGAGCCCAGCUUCAAUCUGUUUGGGUUCAUCAUGUGCGUUGGAGCAACCGCCGCAAGGGCACUGAAGACAGUCCUGCAAGGGAUUCUCAUGUCUUCCGACGGGGAGAAGAUCAACUCCAUGAACCUGCUCAUGUACAUGGCGCCAAUCGCUGUUAUUCUCCUGGUCCCUGCAACCAUCUUCAUGGAGGAUAAUGUCGUUGCCGUCACCAUGGAACUGGCCAAGAAGGACUUCAACAUCAUCUGGUACCUGCUCUUCAACUCUUCCUUGGCCUACUUCGUGAAUCUGACCAACUUCCUGGUGACAAAGCACACAAGCGCGUUAACCCUGCAGGUCCUGGGCAACGCAAAAGGUGCCGUUGCAGUUGUGAUCUCCAUCCUCAUCUUCAAGAACCCCGUGUCUGUAACUGGGAUGCUGGGCUACACGCUCACUGUCAUAGGGGUGGUUCUUUACAGUGAAGCUAAGAAGCGCAGCAAGCAAUGAAACCGGCAGCUCAUCUUUGAUGGAUCAGCUAGUGCCAAUAAUACCUGUGUUCUUUUUUUUUUUGAAACGCCAAUGGUAUGGUGCGAUCCACAGAAAAACAAAAGAAAAGAAAUAUAGUGAUUCAUUCUUUAUUA